AUGACUGUCACUGCCAUUCCAUGCAUUAAAGAUGGUUCACUUGUGAUCAAUGGGAAAGUUUUAUUGUCUGGAGUUCCGCCAGAAGUCACUAUUUAUCCUUUAACUGCAGCUGGUUCUUCAUCCUGUUCAUCUGCUGCUUUUCUUGGUGCAAGUUCAAGUAUACCCAGUUCGAGACACGUUUUCUCUCUUGGAGUUCUUCAGGAAUGCAAGUUUAUGUGUCUCUUCAGACACAAAAUUUGGUGGAUGAUACCACGUUUUGGGAAAUGGGGAAGUGAAAUCCCAAUUGAAACUCAGAUGCUUCUGUUGGAAGUGAAGCAAGAAUCUGCAGUAUAUGAUGAUGAUUCUUCACGACAAUCUGUGGACAACACUUUCUAUAUCUUGUUCUUGCCCGUAUUGGAAGGACAAUUCAGAGCAUCCUUGCUAGGGACGCCUGCAAAUGAGCUUGAGUUCUGCGUUGAAAGUGGAGAUGCUCAUGUCCAGACUACUCGGGUAUCAGAAUCAGUCCUAGUAAAUUCUGGGGAGGACCCAUUUGAACUCAUCAAGAACUCCAUCAAGAUACUCGAGAAGCACAUGGGUACUUUCACACACAUUGAACACAAAAAGAAACCUGUACAUUUAGACUGGUUUGGAUGGUGUACGUGGGAUGCUUUCUACAAAGACGUUAAUCCACGAGGCAUUAAAGAAGGUCUUGAAAGCUUUAUAGAAGGAAGCUGCCCACCAAAGUUCUUGAUAAUUGAUGACGGAUGGCAAGAUACAUUUAACGAAUUCCAGAAGGAGGGGGAACCAUUUAUUCAAGGAACAGAGUUUGCUAGUCGAUUCAACGACAUCAAGGAAAACAGCAAGUUUAUAGGCUUAGGAACAGACUCAUGCACUGAUCUGCACGAGUUUGUUGAAUUUGUUAAAGAAAAAUAUGGAUUGAAAUUUGUUUACGUUUGGCACGCCUUGGUUGGUUAUUGGGGAGGACUCUCUCCAUCAUCGGAGAAAAUGAAAAAGUACAAUCCAAAGAUAUCAUAUCCUAUACAGUCUCCCGGCAAUGUUGGAAAUCUUCGAGACAUAGCCAUGGAGAGUUUGGAAAAAUAUGGAAUUGGCUUAAUCGAUCCACAGAAAAUAUAUGACUUCUAUAACGAUCUCCAUAGCUACCUCUCACAUUGUGGUAUUGACGGAGUCAAGGUGGACGUCCAAAAUGUCAUAGAGGCACUGGGCAUGGGCUAUGGUGGACGAGUCGUCCUCACUAGAAAAUAUCAAGCAGCACUCGAGGAUUCCGUUGCAAGCAAUUUUAAAGAAAAUAAUGUGAUUUGCUGCAUGAGUCACAACUCUGACUCCAUUUACAGCUCAAAGAGAUGUGCAACUGCAAGAGCAUCAGAAGAUUUCAUGCCAUGGGAACCUAUGUAUCAGACUUUACAUAUUGCUUCAGUGGCUUAUAAUAGCCUUCUUCUAGGGGAGAUUACAGUGCCAGAUUGGGACGUGUUUCAGAGCCAUCAUGACACGGCUGAGUUCCAUGGUGCAGCACGAGCAGUGGGUGGAUGUGCAGUAUACACAAGUGACAAACCAACCAUACACGACUUUAAAUUACUCAAGAAGUUGGUGUUGCCUGAUGGCUCAAUCUUGAGAGCUAAAUAUGCUGGUCGGCCGACUCGGGAUUGCUUGUUUGUAGACCCGGUAAUGGAUGGGAAAAGCUUAUUGAAAAUUUGGAACUUAAAUAAGUUAUCUGGAGUGAUUGGUGUUUUCAACUGCCAAGGGGCUGGAAAGUGGCCACUGAAAGAGGGAUCGGAAAACAUGUUCAAAUCUCUCGUCUUAUCGGGUCAUGUGAGUCCUCUUGAUGUUGAUUUCCUUGGUGAAGUUGCCGGUGAAAAUUGGAGCGGAGAUUGUGCUGUCUAUGCUUUCCAUCCCGGAUCUCUUUCUAAAAUUCCCAAAAAUGGUACGCUCGAAGUGUCCUUGCGCACGCUUGAAUGCGAAAUAUUUACCAUCUCUCCAAUACAGACUUUGAAUAAAAAUCUUCACUUUGCCCCGUUGGGAUUGAUUGAUAUGUACAACUCAGGGGGUGCGACUGAAAAUCUAUCCUGUCCGGAUUCUUCGGGAUGCAAAGUAAGAGUUAACGUGCGAGGUUGUGGCCGAUUUGGAGCCUAUUCUAGCAGGAAACCAAGCUAUUGCACGGUAGACGGGAAGAAAGAAGAAUUUACAUAUGAUGUGAAUAAUGGGUUAUUGAUAGUUAAGCUAGGAGUACCAUCACUCUUCGCCAAAGAAAGAGCUUUAUUUUCACACUCGAAUUUCUCUCUCCCACUGAAACCCGUAAAAGGCAAUCUCUCUUUGUCCACUCUCAAAAAGCGAACAACCCAUCUGAGAUUCUCUGUAAUAGCUGCCCUGCAAGAAGAGAACAACCCAGUACUUGUUGAAGAACAAGAAUUUCAAGGAAAUUUUAACUGGGAUAACCAAGAAACAUCUGAAGGGGAAGUUGAAGUAGGAGAAGAGAGUGAUAGGGUUGUGGAGGCUGUUGGGGAUGCUGGAGAGGUCGAUAGCUAUGUGGAGCCACCUGAGGAAGCUAAAAUAUAUGUGGGGAAUUUGCCGUUUGACGUGGACAGUGAGAAGCUGGCUCAGCUUUUUGAACAGGCUGGUGUUGUUGAGAUUUCUGAGGUUAUUUACAAUAGGGAGACUGAUCAGAGUCGAGGGUUCGGGUUUGUGACGAUGAGUACUGUGGAAGAAGCUGAAAAGGCUGUGGAAAUGUUCCAUCGUUAUGAUCUAAAUGGAAGGCUCUUGACUGUUAACAAGGCAGCCCCAAGAGGGUCCCGCCCAGAACGUCCACCUCGAGUGUUUGAACCUACUUACAGAAUUUACGUUGGUAACCUUCCAUGGAGUGUUGAUGAUGGACGACUAGAACAGGUUUUCAGUGAGCACGGUAAAGUAGUAAAUGCUCGUGUAGUUUAUGAUAGGGAGAGCAGUCGAUCGCGUGGUUUUGGCUUCGUAACAAUGUCAAGUGAAUCUGAAAUGAAUGAUGCCAUCUCUAACCUUGAUGGACAGAGUUUGGAUGGGAGAGUUAUCAGAGUAAAUAUUGCUGAAGAAAGAGCUAGGCGCAACUCCUUUUGA